CCCCGGCCCUAUAUACUGUGUAUAAAAUCUCUGCACCGUUUCAAUUUCUAGGUACGUUGAAACUUGCAACUUUUGAUCAUCAAAUCAUGUUUCGGUUUAAUCAUUUGGUAGUGUUGUCCCUUUGCAUCAAUAUCAUCAGUUUGUGCCUCUUCCCUUACCCAACAGCAGCAAAACUACAACGAAAUUACUACGCCAAAACCUGCCCCGAUGUGGAAAACAUUGUCAAAGAAGCAGUCAGAAACAAAUUUCAACAAACCUUUGUUACAGUUCCCGCUACCAUCCGUCUCUUCUUCCAUGAUUGCUUUGUCCAGGGUUGUGAUGCGUCGGUGAUAAUAGCAUCCACUGCAAAUAACAAGGCAGAGAAGGACCACUCCGACAACCUUUCACUGGCAGGAGAUGGAUUCGACACAGUAAUCAAAGCCAAAGCAGCUGUUGAUGCAGUCCCAAGAUGCAAGAAUAAGGUCUCUUGUGCUGACAUACUCGCAAUGGCGACCCGAGAUGUGAUUCAACUGUCGGGUGGACCUUCAUAUGCGGUUGAGUUGGGAAGGUUGGAUGGGCUAAGUUCAACAGCUGCAAGUGUAAAUGGGAAGCUGCCUUCGCCAACCUUCAAUUUAGAUCAGCUCACUUCCCUGUUUAAUGCCAAUGGGCUCUCCCAAAAGGACAUGAUUGCUCUCUCAGCGGCUCACACGGUCGGAUUCUCUCAUUGCAGUAGGUUUGCAAACCGGAUAUACAAUUUUAGCACUAAAAAUCCGGUAGACCCAGCACUAAACAAGGCGUAUGCGGCUCAACUUCAAUCCGCCUGCCCGAAGAAUGUGGACCCAAGAAUUGCCAUCAACAUGGACCCAAACACGGCCCAGAGCUUUGAUAAUAUGUACUUCAAAAAUCUUGUGCAGGGAAUGGGCCUCUUCACCUCGGACCAAGUUCUAUUCACAGACGCAAGGUCCAGGCCCUUUGUGAAUAGAUGGGCAAGAAAUUCGACGGCCUUCAAGCAAGUCUUCGUCAACGCCAUAACCAGAUUAGGCCGGGUCGGAGUCAAGAAGGGUACCAAUGGGAAUAUUCGUCGUGAUUGUGCAGCUUUCAAUUGAUCAGAGAAAGCCAUAAAACCAUAUACCAAAUAAAGUAAUUAAUAAUAAAUCAAGGAAAUCAAGACGUUGACCUUGAAGUUGGAAAUGAAGAUAAGUUAUGUAAUGGAUCAUGAUUCAUUCGA